AAAUAGUAGCCCCCCAAAAUAGUAGCCCCCCAAAAAAGUAGCCCAAGGGAAAUUUUCAAAGUCUACUCCCCCAAAAAAAUUUCGUUUCACCCCAAAAAUUUGAAAAGUUUGACCCAAAAUUUCGAAAAAAAACUAAAAUUUCCAGCGCGCUAACAUUUAAAAAUAGCCCCAUUGACGCGGAAAAUAGCCCAGUUAUAGUUAAAAAUAGCCCCAAAACGUUGAAAAUAGCCCAGCAUAUCUUCAGGCAGUCCCUUAAGAUAGCCCAAGGAGCCUUAGGUAGUCUUUUAAUAGCCCACCCAGGCCCCGAAAAUAGCCCAGAGGUAGCCUAGAUUAUCCUUAAAAUAGCCCAUAGUUAAAACAGACCACGGAAAGGAGCAGAAAGUAGCCCCUAAUAGCCCAAGGUUGUCUUAAUAAGUUUCGGGUGGUUUAUAAGUAGCCCAAACAUAGCCUUAGGGUCUGAAAAAGUAGCCCAAUCGUGAAAUAUAGCCCCAAAAGACGAAAAAGUAGCCCCAGAUAGCCCCGUUAGUCCCAGGUUGUCUUAAUAAGUUUCGGGUGGUCUUAAAGUAGCCCAAUAAUAGCCUUAGGGUCUGAAGAAGUAGCCCAAUCGUAAAAUAUAGCCCAAAACCAGCCUUGGAUAGUCCAGGAUAGUCUGUCGAUACUGUUAAGUAGCCCCGUGUUGCUACCUCAAACCGCCUCAAAAAACGCCGAAAAUAGCCCAAAAAUAGCCCAAAAAAAUAGCCCCAAAGAAGCCCAAAAUAGCCCCAAAAUACCCCCCAAAAAAUACCUUAAUCAGCCUUAAAAAACGCGGAAAAUAGCCCAAAAAUAGCCCAAAUUGGUCUCAGAUAGUCCCAGAUAGUCUUGGAUAGUCUUACACAGCGGAGAAUAGUCGAGGAUAGUCCCACGACAUAACAUCCCAGACUAGACUAGCCCCCAGGUAUAAGAUAGUCGCAUUCAGAUAGUCAGUCAGAUAGCCCCAUUCUGAUAGUCAGUCAGAUAGUCCCAUUGAGAUAGUCAGUCAGAUAGUCCCAUUCAGAUAGUCAGUCAGAUAGUCCCAUUCAGAUAGUCAGUCAAAUAGUCCCAUUCAGAUAGUCAGUCAGACAGUCCCAUUCAGAUAGUCAGUCAGAUAGUCCCAUUGAGAUAGUCAGAUAGUCCGUCAUCAUGGAAAGUCUAGGCUACCAGGAGUGUGAGACGCGUAGCACCCUCCUCUAUGACACGGGUAGUAGCGAGCGGAUAGUCUUAACGGCACUUACUACUACUACUACUACCACUACUACUACUACUACUACUACUACUACUACGGCUACUACAACUACUACUGCCGGUUCUGCUACGUUUGAUGCAGAGCCCAAUUUGUAUAGAGCGAGGGCGCCAUUUUCUUCCAUUAGCGAAGACGAGCUACGCCAUUUUGAACAGAGGGCGCCAAUAGCCUCGCUGGAUUGCAUGGAGGAGUUCCAAGGGUGUGCAGACCCCCUGCUGGGCCGAGGGGACCAGCUCCCUGCCACCGGGGGUCGCCAGGGGGCCGUGGCAGGGGUCGGCGCACAGAUCAAGUAUAAGCCAUUGGGGAAAAGCGGUCUCAGGGUAUCGCAGCUUGGUCUGGGCACUUGGGUAACAUUCUCCCCACAAGUAAGCGAGGAGACUGCCGAGCAAAUCAUAACUCUCGCUUACGAAUGUGGGAUAAACGUUUUUGACCUUUCGGAAGCGUUCUCUCAAGGCCGCGCGGAGACCCAGCUUGGUAGUAUACUUAAGAAAAAGGGCUGGAAGAGAAGCUCGUAUCAUGUACUUACAAAGGUCUACUGGAAUUCUAAAGGAGAGGAGCGAGGUCUCAGCCGCAAACACAUCAUUGAGAGCAUAAAGGCGAGUCUGGAGCGUCUACAACUACAGUACGUCGACGUCAUGAUCAUCCACAAGGCAGACGACAUGUGCCCAAUGGAAGAGGUCGUCCGCGCCUGCCACCACGUCAUCGAGCAGGGCCUGGCCAUGUACUGGGGGUCGUCGCGGUGGACUGCGGUGGAGAUUAUGGAAGCCUGGACCAACUGUAGGCAAUUCAACUGUAUUACCCCCGUGGUGGAACAGAGCGAGUACCACCUCUUCUGUCGCGGCAAAACUGAGCUGUACCUGCCGGAAAUGUACAAUAAGAUAGGUGUGGGUACAAUGGCAUGGUCACCGCUCGCCAUUGGGUUGAUCUCCACCAAAAUUGACGAUGGAACUCCAGUGUUUACGAGGCAGAGCAUUAAACGGAAGAAUGCACAGGCUUCUCACACUUGGACGGAGGACGAGGCAAGCUCCCCCAUCACAGUGAAGGACCAACAGGGGUACACGUGGCUGAAGGACAAGGCGGGCACGGAGGACAGCAGGCGGCAGCAGGCGAGGCUGAGGGAGCUUUGUGGCCUCGCGUCGGAGCUCAACUGUACCCUCACGCAGCUCUCCGUCGCCUGGUCGCUCAAGAAUGACAACCUCCACUGCGUACUAAUUGGGGCAGCCACCGUGGAGCAGCUGCUAGAGAACGUCCAGAGCCUCCAGGUCGCCAGCCGUCUGAAACCUGAACAGCUGACGGAGAUGGAGCGAAUACUGGAUAACAAGCCCGUUCGCCCACCAACUGUGUCCACCCUGGCGCAGAGAUGACAGGAAUUGGCAAGCAUGAGCGGUGGACCCAGUUCCAUACCCGGGGACGAAGAGGAGGAGCUGGAGGAGAGCGUAAGCGGCAAGACGCCAUUCUGUUCCAUCAUGUAAACGACUACUUCUACUACUACUACUACUACUACUACUACUACUACUACUACUACUACUACUAUUACUAUUACUACUACUACUACUACUACUACUAUUGCUACUACUACUACUACUACUACUACUACUACUACUGCUACUACUACUACUACGACUAUUCUCUCUCUCUCUCUCUCUCUCUCUCUCUCUCUCUCUCUCUCUCUCUCUCUCUCUCUC